GACUGUUCGGUCUUAGUGACGUGUUUCCUCUUCCGUCGUCCUCUGCCCAUGCGGUGCUGCGCCAUUCAUCCUGUGUGAUGACUUGGGCCCCAUAGUAAAAUAAUUUAAACUUCUUUCGUAGCCAGCUAGCACGGCAUUGAAACAUUGAGCAAACGGCACCCAUGGACCGGCAAGGCGGCAGUUAUUUCGGAGCCUACCCGUCCAUAGACCCAAGCUUCCAAAUCCCGAGUGGACAGAACGCCCCUGUGUCGCCGUAUCUGAAUUUCGACCCGGCGUAUAUCAAUGCGGGUGGACCAGAAUGGAUCUUCCCGAAGGCGCAUCGAGGCAGCGCGGGCGUUUUGAACUGGCUUUUUCUCAGAUUGGAGGCUCCGUCAUGGUUGGUGCUGCUUUUGGUGGAGUGUCGGGAUUCUACCGAGGUCUCAAGGAGACCAGCCUGGCCGGACACACUGGUAGUGUUCGGAGAACACAGAUGCUCAACUACAUUACAGGGGGGCGCAGGAUCUGCGAAUGUUCUUGGAGUCGUAGCGGUGAUGUAUAGCGGAUUUGGAGUUCUCUUCUCCUUCGUGCGUGGAGCCGACGAUGAGCUGAACACGCUGGCGGCCGGGACCCUCACGGGGCUUCUGUACAAGUCCAGUAGCGGUCUUCGCAGGUGCCCUGGGAGGCGGCGUAGGUUUGGGCCUUGCUGCCCUGUAUUGCCUUUGGACCAGCAAGGACCGCAUGAAGCACAUGUUUCAAACGAGCCCAGCGUAACUGUGGUACGCGAGGCAUCUUCUAGGCAACACUUUCACAUCAAAGCGGUUUCCCAAGGAAUGAAGCAAGACAUGUAGCUAAAGAAAAAGAUUUGUUCCAUCAGUAAAGUGCAUAGCUGUACAUAGUGUUAUACAUUUCUCAACCAUAUUUCUGGUGGUAUCAAUGGAAAGUUUCACAUGCAUAUUUGGGCAUUUCCUGAGUUAACUAGGCUUCCUCUUUUUUUUUUUUUUUCAGGUAGAGAAGUAAAAAGAAAUUUGAAGUUUU